AUGAAGUAUUCCGCUAUCCUCGCUGGUCUGGGUCUUCUGGCCACCUGUGCGUCGGCUGUGCCCCAUAGGAUCAGGCACUAUCCCCGUGCUGAUUCUGGCGCCCAGAAUGUUGUCUACUGGGGACAGAAUGGUGGCGGCGUUGAGGAAAACAACGACCUGGCCUCGUACUGCAACGGGACUUCGGGCAUCGACAUCCUUGUCCUGGCCUUCCUGUAUCAAUACGGCAAUGGCAACGACAUCGCGUCCGGUAUCAUUGGACAGUCGUGCUCCAUUUCCGGAGGCACUGGCGAGCCCUCGCAAUGCGAUGAGUUGGCCUCAGCUAUCCAGACAUGCCAGUCGGCCGGCAUCAAGAUUAUUCUCUCCCUCGGUGGAGCUGUUGGCGCGUACUCGCUGGAGUCCCAGGAAGAGGCCGAAACUAUUGGCCAGAACCUUUGGGAUGCAUACGGCAACUCGGGCAAUGGCUCUGUGCCCCGUCCCUUCGGUGAUGUCUUCGUGAACGGUUGGGAUUUCGAUAUUGAGGCCUCAAGCGGCAACCAGUACUAUCAGUAUAUGAUCAGUACGCUGCGCUCCAACUUUGCUUCCGACCCCGCCAAUACCUACUACAUCACUGGCGCGCCGCAGUGCCCGAUUCCCGAGCCCAACAUGCAGGUUAUUAUCACCAACUCCCAGUUCGACUACCUCUGGGUCCAGUUCUACAACAACCCCGGCUGCUCUGUGAAUGGUGCCAUCAACUACGACGACUGGGUCGCUAAUGUUGCCAACACCCCCUCCGCCAAUGCCAAAAUCUUUAUCGGUGUGCCUGCUGCUCCAGAUGGCGCCACCGGCUCGUCCAGCGGUGCUCAAUACUACCUCGAGCCAAGCGCCCUGGCAACUUUGGUCGGCAACUACAGCAGCAACCCUGCCUUCGGCGGAAUUAUGAUGUGGGCCGCCGCCUUCUCCGACUCUAAUAUCAACAAUGGUUGCACCUACGCCCAGGAGGCGCACAGCAUCCUCACCACUGGUUCUCCCUGCUAG